UACAGAAUAAUCUUGUCGACUCUGAACGACGAGACGCAAAGUUUCAAACUUGGCCGACGGCUCAAUCUCAACUCGAUCUUGCUAACUUUUCUUACGAGGAAGAACCGUCUUCUGUCGAUCACGUGAAAUUUUAAUUAUGGUGUACGCUCGGUGGUUGCUAUUUCUCGAUAAAGAAAGGACACGUGAUACAAGGAUUCGCGAGUGUAUUUUAGUAAAUGUUUCGAAUGUUUCAGAUAAAAAUUUGAAUGUCGAAAGUAAAAGUGGGACGAUGUUCCUUCUGUCAGAUUAUCUCAAUGUUUAAACUUUUGCCUUAGGUGUGUUUUAAAUUAAUUAGAAAACUUGCUUUUUUUUUUCCACGUUAGUGUUACUCUCGUGUAAAAAUAAUGUGCUCGUUCUCGAUCAACUUUAUAAAUUGUUUAACCACCAAUCAUCGAAGAUCGUCCGAGAAGAUAUAAUCGUCGAGUUUAUCAAAGAUUUGCAAACGAACGUUGAGAUAACGUUAUUUUCGUGAUAAUAAAAAGUUGAUAUAAUAGAGAUGGAAGCACGACUCAAUUUACGUUAAGAUUGAAAACUGAUCCUGGAUAUAAAAAAAAAAAAUAGGUACUCUACGUUAUCGUCGUGUUAUCUUAAUACAAGGGUCUUAGGACAACGAACUACAAGAGAAAAAUAUUUGCAAUUUUUAAGGACGCAUUUUUCUUAAUUCAGAUUUCAAGAGGACUUUCUAUAGCUAAGCGUGCUUGACAAUACUCAACAAGACUGUCCAACUAAUAACAACCGUACAAAGUAAUAAAUUCGAACGGAAAAUAAAAAGAAAAAGAAAAAAAAGCAAAAGGGAGGAAAAGAAAGAAAGAAAAAAAAAAAGAAAAAAUAAAAGGAAGAGCACGUAUAAACAUACAUUUUGGAACUGUGAACGAUUAAAAAAAAGUAAUUGUUCAGCUCGUUAACAAGUUUUAAUUACGCUCGCGUAAACCUCAUGAUUUUAUUAGCACAUUUAAUAGAAAAUGAAAUGAAAUCAGUUCCAGUUCAUUGAAUCGUUAAAUUCACAUUGGAAAUAUUCAUUAUUAAGAAAAUAUACCUAUAUUUGUCCGCUUAUUAAUUCGAUUUUAACAAGGUUCUCGUGAAAUUUCGGAUUUUCAAAACUGAUGAUUAAACAAGUUAUUGUCCGUUAUGAUCUAGAGAUUGGACAGGAUUUGUUUUUCUCACAAUUAAAAUUGGAGAAAAUUGUUUGAGAUAAGUUUCCGAUAAAAUAUGAAUAACGCGAACAAAUUACGUUUAUACAAUUGCACUGCGACGAUCCUCGAACGUAAUGUAACAUCGUUGUUAAGGUUAAAUCAUACCGAGUUUUUAAUCAUCUUCGAAGAAGCUUUAGGGAAAUCGGCGCAAAGAGAUGUUCUUCACGAUGCAUUUUCCGAUUGCAUUUACGGUGUUCAAGAACCUCCGUUCGAUUUACCUUGGUGGCAGAAACUCACAUGGUCAUUGAUAUACGCGAUCAUCUUACUAGUUGCAACCGGUGGAAAUAUAAUCGUCAUGUGGAUAGUACUUGCACAUCGUCGGAUGCGUACCGUUACCAACUAUUUCUUAGUGAAUCUCUCGUUGGCAGAUCUGAUGAUGUCGUUACUUAACUGCGCCUUCAAUUUUAUUUUCCUCCUUAACUCUAGUUGGCCCUUCGGUGCUAUCUACUGUACUAUCAAUAACUUCGUCGCUCACGUGACUGUUGCGUCGAGUGUCUUUACACUGGUGGUUAUAUCCUUCGACAGAUAUAUGGCUAUCAUGCACCCUUUGAAACGGCAUAUGUCCCGAAGGAGAACCAUAUUGACCUUGAUUUUAAUAUGGUCAGUAUCGUCCAUCUUGGCGAGUCCCAAUCUGUUAUAUUCCACGACCAAACAGAAAAGAUACUUAAACGGUAAAACAAGGAUCUCUUGUUAUCUAGCCUGGCCCGAUGGAGGAUAUUUGAGUAGUAGAACGGGAUAUUUCUACAAUAUACUUUUUCUCAGUAUGACAUAUCUAAUUCCCAUCGUGGUAAUGGCCAUUUGUUACACUCUGAUGGGUCGGAAACUCUGGGGUUCCAAGUUCAUUGGCGAGCUCACGCACAACCAGAAAGAGUCUAUGAAAUCCAAACGGAAGGUAGUCAAGAUGUUCAUCAGUAUCGUCACGAUAUUUGCCAUCUGUUGGUUUCCCUAUCAAGGAUUUUUUAUAUUCGUUUAUCAUUAUAAAGAGUUUAUACAGAGCAGCUACGUUCAACACGUUUAUCUUAGUUUCUACUGGCUGGCGAUGUCUAAUUCUAUGGUGAAUCCUAUCAUAUAUUAUUGGAUGAACAAUAGAUUCCGAGUAUAUUUUCAAUUGAUAAUCUGCAAGUGUUGUUGCGCGUUGGAUCGAACGAACGUGAAUAGCCCGCAAAUGCGCGAAUUUAUAGAACUUCAUCGUUCCGAUCAAGAACGUUGUCGUUGUGGUAAGUGCUCAUUGAUUUGUCUUGAAUCGAAAUUAAACUUUCGUUUGGGAAAUGAAACAAGGAGGAAGAAGAAUAAAAAUGAAGAAAACAACAAAGAUAAGAACGGUGUCACAAUGAUAUUAUAUAAGAAAUAAUUGAAAAUUUCGAUUACAAAAUCUAAUUAAAAUUUUCAACGUGAUCGAGAAUAUCGACGUUUACUUUUGAUAAAUUCAUUUGCAAUCGAGACAAUCCGAGAUUCUAACAUCAAAACUUUUCGAAGAAUUUAUCGAUACUAUACAAAUGCGCAUAAAUAUAUCCUCUCGUUUUAAUUACUUUAUCUCUUACUCGAUUGUUAUUUCUCGACUGAUAAAUUCAAUAGGCCAAUCAACGUCUAGAUAUUUUCUUUUUCAACGAUAUGCAAAAGCAAGCGUUAAAAGUUUAUCCUCCUUGGAGUUUAUCUUUCAAGAUCAAACUUCCAACUUUAUUCCAGUUAAAGUUAUUUACCAUUCGUAAUACUUAAGAAAAAAACUCUAUGUUUCUAUAGAAAAUAAAGUUAUACAUAUCUAGUAAAUCUCAAUAACCAUUACGAUUUCUUAUCAUGGAUGUUUCAUUUAAACUUUGUUGUGAAAUUUGCAUUAAACAUGGCUGACCGAAGAAAAAUAUAUUUCAAAAGUUUUCCAACUUGUACGAUUU